UCGAGAGUGUGGUGGAGUAUGCCUCCAAAUCGGUGCCAGCUUGAAAGUGCAACUACGCCGCUCCAAUGGAAGAAUGCUACGCGACUCUCUGGGGAAUCAACCACUUUCGCGCUUACCUGUACGGGCGAAAGUUCACCUUGGUAACUUAUCAUGAGCCCUGGUUGGCUCUGAAGAAAUCGAAGGAUUACUCUGGCAUGAUCGGGCGAUGGGCAACGGUGCUGCAGAGCAUGGACUUUGACAUUCGUCAUCGGAAGCACGAGAGACACGGGAAUGUGGACGGACUGACACGACCGCACCGACCCGAGAAAGUUCCGAAGAGUGAGGAGGUGAUUCCGUGGAACGAACCCGAACAGGAGAUCGGACCUCGGUACGGCCAAGCGAAGAUCUUAUCGAAGCAAAUACAGGUGACGUGGACACAGACCAGCGGGCAUCCUGCGUGGAUCGAAAAUCCGGAGCUGCUAAUCAUCCAAGCUUGGAGGACUAACGUGGAGGGCGAUCUUCUUGGCUAUCUCUUUGGAUCAGUACAGCCGGGGCGCCGCCAGCUGAUUGCGCAGAAGUUCAUCGCACCGAUCGUGCAAUUGGCGGACGAUCUCUCGCCCGACAUCUAUUCACAGAGUGACGACAGUCCUGCUCCGUACAUUUUCGAACGAUCAUUGGAUCCGUACCUUCAGUGGACUGCGUGCUUGGAGGAACCUAGGGACGAGGAUACGCUACCAUCGUGGCAGGAGUAUCUCAAGCCGUACGAUAUCAUCCCUCACGCCUUUUAUCCAAGGGUGGAGGAAGUGGUGAUCGACGACGACGAAGAAGACGAGGACGAGGAAACAUUGGAGGAGGGAAGCUAUAGUGAACAUAGUGAGGGCGAGCUGAGCAAAGGAGAAGAGGAGAAAGAAGAAACCAGAUCUGAGUGGGAAGCCUUGCCGGAGGAAGUGACGCGUAUGGGAACGGAGGCGGAAGAUCCGGAAGCUGCGCGAAAGCGCGAAGAAAUUGCCACCGGGAAGCGCCAGCUGGAGUUCGCCAGCGAAGCUAGCCUGCACAUCGGUAACGAUCCGACCAGGGAUCCUGAGCCGCCGAAGCCCAAAGAUGGCAACCCUGCAGCUGCCACCUCAAGUACCGCGCGACGGAGACGGAGCCGAUCCCCCUCCUCCUCCAGCCCCACCCGUCUCCCAGUUCCCCCAUGUACCGAUGCGGGCGAUAGGCCUUCGUCCUCGGACGCUGUCCCGCCAACCCCUUGAUUUCCUCACCCUCGAGCAGAUCCGUACCCCCGU